ACAGCAUCCAUCCAGACACGCACCCCCAACAUCACCCUGCGUCUAUCCAUCCAUACCGGUGGAAUCAGGCGGAUCUACCGGCGUGUUUCAUCCUGUGUAUCGGUCCACAUCCCCCGACCGGACCGGACCGGACCGGUGCCCUUUCAAACCACGAGCAGAUCAAUUCUCAUUGGUCCCGAUGGUUGUGAGGGCCCGCCUUCGCCAUCUCGCAAACAAUCCGCACAAGAGAGAUGUGACAUCCAAUCACAUGCUGCUAUUUCUGCCUUCUGGAGCUUUUAGGACACAAGCCACACCCAGAUAGAUGGAGGAGAGAGAGCGGAGCAGGAGUCGAUCUCCGCGGAGGGUGGGUCGGGUGGAGCAGGUGGUGGGAAAAUGGCUGCGGCGCUCCCGGGACUCGCUCAGCAGAGAGCGUAUUCUGGGGGUCAUUAGGGCGCGCUCAAGGGAGGCGGGACAGCAGAACUUCCCUGUGAAGGUGACCGUGAAGUUGAUCAGAGAUGAUUUACUGGACUCCCAUGGUUUUACUCUCUCUGCACAGCACCCCCUGCUGGUCAGGGACAUCACUCCAGGAGGUCCAGCAGAUGGUCAGCUCUUACCUGGAGACCAGAUCCUUAAAGUGAACAAUAAAGCUAUAGAGGAUCUUUCUCCAGAAAAUGCAGAACAAAUGAUUAGUGAGUGCCAGGACUCUGUAACCAUGACCAUCCUCAGACACGUGUCGAAUCCUAAGUCAUCAUUCAUGUCAGCAGAGAAGAGAGCUCGUCUGAGAAGAAAUCCUGUUAAAGUGCGCUUCGCAGAAGAGGUUGUCGUCAACGGACACACUCAGGGAAACUCUCUUCUCUUCCUGCCCAACGUUCUGAAGGUUUACCUGGAGAACGGCCAGACCAAAGCCUUCAAAUUUCACAAGACCACCACUGUCAAGGAUGUAGUGUUGACUCUAAAAGAGAAGCUUUCCAUUCGCUCAAUUGAGCAUUUCUCACUGGUGCUGGAACAGCAAUAUAACAACACCAAACUACUGUUACUGCACGAGGAAGAGCUUAUACAGAAGGUGGUGCAGAAGAAGGAUUCUUAUGACUACAGAUGUCUGUUUAGAGUCUGUUUUAUUCCCAGAGACGCAGUGGACCUCAUGCAGGAUGACCCGGUGGCUUUUGAGUACCUCUUCCAACAGAGUGUGGGAGAUGUGUUACAGGAGCGGUACGCCAUUGAGAUGAAAUGUAACACAGCGCUGAGACUCGCCACACUACACAUGCACGAGAAACUGGCAAGCUGCGGACAGACCACAAGAGCAUCUGUAAAGGCUGUUGUUAAGGAGUUUGGUUUAGAGAGUUUCAUCUCUCCCACAUUACUGAGGAACAUGAGAGAGAAAGACCUGCGCAAAGCUCUCAACCACCACAUGAAGAAGAUCCAAUCACUGCUGGAACCACAACAGAAGGUGAUCUCUGUGUCUCAGGCCCGGUUGGCUUAUCUGACACAGAUGGCAGAGCUGAUGUCAUACAGUGGGAGAAGCUACAACGCCACCAUGCUGCUACAGGACAGAGAGUCGUUGGUGAGUUUGCUGGUGGGAGCAAGAUACGGGAUCAGCCAGAUCCUAAACCACCAGCUCAACAUGAUUUCCACCAUCAUAGAUUUUCACUACAUCACCAGAAUAGAGGUGCUGGCAGAGUCUGACAGAGUCAGCAUGGUCAAGAUUUACCUACAGGACAUCCAGCCUAUAGCUGUAUUAAUGGAAUCUGUAGCAGCUAAAGAUUUGGCCUGUCUGCUGGCUGGAUACUGCAAAUUGCUAGUGGAUCCCAACAUCAACGUGUUCCGCUGGAGACCGAGACCUAAAAUGCGACGCAUUCUGGUGGAGGAAGGGUACAUAUCUCGAUGUGGCAGUGAUUCAGAAGACAGUUCAGAGGACGACUACGCCAUGGAGGGUCUGCUGGACACUCAGCUGUCAGAGGACACCAUGUCUAAUCAAACCAAUGAUGGCACGGAAGAUGGUGAGGAAACCGAGGGGAAAACUGAAGCUGAAACAGAGAGGGUGAGAGUGAUUGUAACGCAUCCCUAUUUAGAGGAUGAAGGAAGCGAGGCGGGCAAGAGCGAGUCUGUCGGGGAUGAGGAUUAUACAACAUCAAUGGAAGCAUUUUUGGAAACGGGUUGGUACACUGACCCUCGAGUCAAUAGCAGCUUCUCUAGCUUGUCUAGUAACUCGUUGAAUGCACUGGAGGAAAGUAUCAAAGCAGCCAUUGGUGGGCUUGGCAAAAAGGAUGACCCUCAGGAAGGGAAGCCCAGUUCUGGUACCACGAGUCUGGAUGUCCAUCAUCCAUACCUGCAGGAGGUGCCUAAGCGUUUCGUUCAAAAGGGCAAUUUAAACAAAUCUGUACGACUUUCUGACCUGUCCAAUGAUAAUCACUUAGAUCUACUCUACACUGACCUCUCCCAAUUGUCCGACAACAUGUUAAGUCCACCUGUGGCCAGCGAUGACGCAUUGAGUGAUAAUGAGGAGGACGAUGAAGAAGAAGUUGAAAGUGGGAAAUAUGGUCGCAUUUCCAGCAUGUCAGCAGAAUUUGAGGCUGUGUUAGCCUCUUGUAGCACCAACAGCAUCAAUGCAAAACUAGCAGGUGUGAAUUUUCAAGCACUCUUCGCAAGGAUUCACAACCAUCCAGCAUGUCGACAAGAGGGAAACAUCGUUCCACACAACCAGACAAAUGCAAAUGAAGUUAAACGACAGGGACCGUCUUCAAAGAUAGCAGCACAGGCUGGGCUGAGGAAAAUGGUGCCCUCAAAUCUCCUUCAAAAAGCAAAAGACACUAGAGACAGUGGCACAGAAUCUGAGGAGGAAUUUUUUGAUGCUCAAGAUCGAUUUACCCCUCCCAUUAAAGAGCAACGUCCCACAGAAAAUGGUUCUGAUUCAAAGAACAUCCAACCUGCUCGAAGUGACAUCAAGGUUUGUGUGGAAAAUACAAAGGAUCAUGAAUCCAAAGACAGCAGAAAGGAGGAAAAGAGAGUGGACAGCACCUCACUUAAUAUAGAGAACCACAAAGAGAAACCUUCUCUUGCUAACCAUAUCACCCAUAUAGGGUCUAAAAACACUGAAUUGGAGAUUUAUCAGCCCCCACUUAUUUUACCUCUCAAACCUACACCUGGGGAGCCUAAGCCUUUCACUGCUAACCACACCUCGAUUCAGAAAGCCCAGCACUCCAAGCUUCUGGAGAUGGAGCCAGACACUAUGGAGUUUAAACCAGUCAUUGGGCAUGGACCACCACUGUCAUCGUCACUAAUUACAGCAGUAUGGCAAGCUACAAUUCCACCACAGACCGUAGUAGACACAAAGACCCAAAAUUUACCCAGAUCGAAAAAUGAAAUAUCUGACCAUGCCCCAGUCUGUCUGGAAAAAAAGACUCCCCCAAAUCAUGUGCAUCCAAAAGGAAUUGACACUCAAGACAUUAAGCUAACUCAGAAAGAGACAAUGAAUACCAAAGGAAUGAAUGAACCUUGGAAAAUAAAAUCAGACAGCAGUGGUUCUCUACAGUCUCUUGAAAGUAGAAAACCAGAAAAUAAACCACCCCAGCUACAAACAAAGCCUCCAAUACCUCCCAAGCCUUCAUCCAUUAUUUUACAACAAUCCACAAUUACAGUUGAUGCCCUGGUGCAUAAACCUGAAGCCAAGAAAAAAUGUCCUCCUAAUGGUCUUUCCCUACACCCCUGGUCUCAGAGAAAUGGUACAACCCCACACACAACACUGAGUAAGGGUGUCUCUCUUAGUCACGAAAACCUAAAGACUGAACUAAAGGCUGAAAGCUCAACCAUCAAAAUUUUGAGUGCAUCAAACACGCCUACCCCUUCAUCCUUACCUUCCCCAUCUGUUCAAUCCAUAAGCACCCUUCCUGAAGAUCUAGCUCAAACUGGGACUAGUUUCCCCAAAAGAAAAGGCUCAUCUGGACGUCUGUCUGCCACAGCCUUGCGUGGGAAAAUUCAGGAAAUGCCCUGGUAUCUCACCCGUUCUCAAGAGAUCUUGGGGACAGUAGCACUCAGCAACACUAUGUCAUCAACAGACAACAAAGCAACCAAUGGAACAGAUGGGAAUCAUGAACCCAAGGAAUUAUCCCCCAAGGCCACUUCAGUGCCGUCUUUGAAUGACUGGAAAGAGAAAGAUGCUGAAGUUGUCAUUGUGAAGCUCAAAGAUGGACCAGAGGAAGUGACCCCAAUUCCUGUGAGAGACACCAAUGGAAAACCAGCAUUAUCAUCAAGCCAUUCUGACCUGCAGCAGAUAUUGUCUACAGAAGCCACGGAGUUGCACAGGCAAUUUGGAACCUGCAAGUCCGAACAACCUCAGUCUCAGAAAGGCAACCCUCCAGAGAUUAGACCUGAGAAUACAUCCUCUCUAUCCUCUACAAGUCCUUCUCAUCGUGAUGUAUGUGGUUGCCAUACAGUCUAUGCCAACUGUUUCAGUGGUGAUACGGAGGAUAAUUGUGGCUUUGAUGAUCUCACUGUGUAUGAGUUCUCCUGUCGAAACCAGAUCAGUAAACCACCUCAACCCAACCCGGUUCCCUCCCAUUCUACUAUGUCUGCUCCCUCUUCAAAUAUCCUGUCCCUACUUAGAGAUUCACCUCGUCCUCUGUCCAUGUCCUCAGAACUCAGUCCACUCCUGAUCCCACCCAGGCCUCUCGAAUCUCUACCUCUGGACAACGGCCCCAUAGAUAAUCCACUCUGCACCCUGCAGGGCCGCCGUUAUGUUACCGGUCAAAAGGGUGCAAGGCUCAAAGAUGGCUAUGUCUCUUUGCAGCAAGACAUUAAUGAACUUCUUUUGUUGUUGAAGAAAGGACCCUCCAAUAUAUACCCUCCAAGUAACAAGGGGCAGUGUGAAAAUGGCAAUGGGGUGGAUGGGUACUCACUUUCAGAGAUGGAGCGAUGCCUGGUUCAAGCCGAGGCCCGGAGGCUGGCGUCAGGAUGUCAGAGGGCUACACGGGUAGGCUGGGCGCCUGACGAUGCUCUUUUGUCACUCUGUAACAGCUUUGGAGCACUGGUGCAGCUGGCCUCCACUUGCAUGCGAGUUCCCUGUUCGGACUGUGGAUGUUCUCAUGGUGACAUUGAUGCGGAUGAGGCCCUUGGGAAGCUUGAGGAGAUUGUGGACCUGUAUAAGGAGUUUGUGGCCGCUGUAGAAACAGCGAGAGAGGGCGAGGGUGUCAGGCUGUUGGCAAAGCAGUGUACGGUUCUUAUUUCUACAGUCUUCUCCCUCACUCAACUAUUUAGAACAAGGACGCCAGACAUAGAUAAUGGAAAUGUACCUCUGAACUUUUAAGCUUUACCUUCCAGCUUGCUCUCAAAUGGAAACUGGACCAUCGCGUGGGAUCACUGACUUGUAUUUUCAAAACUGGCAAUGAUUUUCGAGUAUCUAAAAACUGAUUGUGUGCUGGCACACAAGAAUAAUAGUAAGUGCCGUGAGCAUACACAAGUUAAAAAAAUAACUAGAGAGAAUUGCUAUGCGUUGAUCUGUUUGUCUUGCCAAGUCCCCCUAUAACCGUACUGGAAUAAUGCAUUCAAACAUCUCCAUUUUCUAACUGUUCUUUAAUUCCCAAUGUAUGUACAGUCUGUAGUAUGUAUGUAUGUAUGUAUUUAUUUUUUACUUACAGUAUAUGCACCGUGGUUUCUAACCUACCUGCAUUUUGUUUUGUGUUUUAAUUUUGUGUAUGCAAAUCCCUAACUCUUACUCUAAUAACCAUGAGACCCGAGUUAAACAGUGUUAUGUACCUUCACUCGUUUUCACAUUUAGUUUAGUUGCUCUUUACAGAUUGAAUUGAUAUUGAAUGGAAAUCUUACAGACACUUAUUUAAGGGCGCUUACACACAAGAUAAGAUUCAUUUUGAGGCUGUUAAAAGACCUGGGUCAGUUUGACGUCAAUUAGACAGCGAAUUCAAUUUCCGAAAAUACAACUGGACUUGCCUCUGAAAUUCUUAUUGUUCAAUGGCGAAGCAAUUAUUCCUGUAUCAGAAAAAGUUAAAAUUUUAGGAACUUUUGGUUGCUGUUAUGUCCUUGUGCUACACCAUCCUCCAUGAAAUCUAUGGGUUGGCAGCAUUCUCUAUAGCGCAGCGUAAAUUCUAGUGUGUAGGUGCCCUAACCCAUAACAAUGUGUACAACCAAAUAGAUGCUUGGAAUGACUUGGAGAAAACGAAAUAACCCAAAUACUUAUGCAGUAACUUUUCACCAGAGUAUGCAAAGGACUUGUUUAUAAUUUUGUUUGCAAUAUGUCUGUAGAAUGAGAGAUGGCAAUAGAAGUGUGGACGUUUAAAUUAUUUUUUUUUUAACCUGUAUGUCACUGUCAAGUUUGGCAUUUGAUGCAAGUUUUUAUAUUGGCUGACUGUUAUCCACAGAGAUCGGUGUGGUCCAAAGAGGUAAUAGCACAUUUAAGGUGUGUUUACUCAACAACUCACCAUGUAACUGUAGCACCCUUUAUCUUAACCCAGUGAUAGCCAAACCACACAAUUUCUCACUUCUCUUUCAUGUUUGACUAUGCAAGUGUCACAGUUUGUAUUGGAAAUUUUCCACAUAUACUUUCUUACAUUUUAUACAUAUGACCAAUUUUGUUGUUGUUGAGGAUAGAUGAUUUCCCUGACAAGCCUGCGCCUUAUCAUUUAUCUUGGAGGACCUUUUGUUAAAUUGCAUAUUUAUGCAAAUGCAGCAUAUAUUUCUCGUAAUUUGUCUACUGUAUUUCAGAGAAAAAUGGUUUGGUUGAAAAGGUUUUCCUUUAACUUCUGUAAAUGGUGUACAACACCAAUGUUCUAAUACUCUAAAUGCUCUAGUCAUUAGUGUAAAUCGUAUUUGAGUAUGGCCCAUUGAACCAUGAGCAUUCUGAAAUGUGUCAACGCAAUUCUAGCGUAAGUACACGUUGCUACAAGAGACAUUGUAGAGGUAAUUUUUAUAAACUGUCUUCUACUGUCUGUUUUCUCUAUCAGGUAAACUUCUGUCAUAGUAGAGAAACAGUUUGAAGCAAAUUUUGUUUAUAUCUGUAGCAACCUGAAUUUGAAGGUAACUCUAUCGCCCCCUUGGGUAUGGAGUUUUGUUACCAUCAUACCAACGCAAGAAUGCACAUGGUUUUUACAGUGCAACAGAACUGCAUGCUUGCAAUGCAUUGGUCAAGCAUACUUGCAUAGGACAUGCUUCUGGACUAAGAAUGCUAUUUUCGGAUUUGGCUAUCAUACAAUGGUUUAUAGAUCUACACUCUCAUUUGGAACACUCGAGCUGUAGUGUUUCAUGUUUUAAAUCAGAUUUAGCAAGUAUAUGUUUGAAAUAAGCUCCCCUCUGCUCCUGAUCUGAGACCAGUGUUUUGCUUUUUCUGGUCAAAAGACAGAUUUUACCCAGAACAUGUAAUUCAUUAAAUCGUCCAGAUCACAUGACCGAUUUGAGGUCAGUAGAUGAUGACAUCCAGAUGUGAUGUUCCAUUCUGAGUAACUCGACAUUAAAUAAUUACUUCCGUAUGGCAGCAAUAUUAGACACACACCCCACAAACACACACACACUGCCAGAUUGUGUUUAUCAUCAAGUCAGUCAGAUGGCAAGUUUAAAUCAAGAAAAAAUAAAUAAAGCUACAUUUUGUGCAAAAUGUGCAAAUAAAAAAAGGGUUUUAAAGCUAACAUAAAAGUCUAAGAACUAGACCUGUUUUAGGUACUAAAAGCCAGUACCCAUUCCCCUCUCUAAACAUUAGGGGCCAGAGUUUUGUUGCAAUCGAGCAGUGCUAGCAACCUUGUCCCAUGUGCUUCAAAUGCUUGUCGUCCAUCUUGUCUUCCCCCCUUUAAUGCAGCUGGCUUAAAUACACGAUUUUCUCACCCCAACUAAUUAUCUAAAAUAAAAUUAACCCUCACCUCACUCUUAAAUACAAUAUAAUUGAUAAAAUACAUAAGAACAAAAUGAGAAUUAAACCAUACAGUAGCAUGGAUAAAACAUUUGCACAAUAAAACCUCAAUAAAUAUUGUACAUUAUGAGUAAAACAAGAAAAAAGUCCUUUAGACACAUUCAAAUCCUGUGAUGGAGACCGACUCGCAGGCUCUCCAUUACAUAUUUACAGCCCGGGAACUUGUGGAUGGAAUCUAUUAUUCAGUUAUUUAGUAGCACACCAUAAAUGAUUACAACAGACUCAAACUAUCAGAGAACAAACAUGUUUCUUUAUGAAAACAUCCUGUAAAAUGAAGGUUCAAAGAAUGAGAUCAAAUGAAGUGCCAUGGCAACUGUAGCAAAUAUGAAGCAAAAAACAAACGGCUUGUAUGGACCAUGUGUAUUAAGACAAUGUAUGGAGGCAUUUGAAGGUGCACAGACGGCACGAUAAAAGCUUACCUGUGGCUGAAUGUGAAUAUGAAGGCAAACAUCUCUUAAGGAUAAAAUGAGAAGGGACAAUCAAGAAUGUUUUGCAUUCCCUCUACUGUGUUCAUGAUAAUAAAAGUUUGAUUUUGAAU